AUGCGAUUUGAAGAUAAAACACGCAGGGCCGACGAGGAAGAUGCCUCGUCACGGAACGCCGAAGUUCCUCCCGUGAAAGCGGGUCUGAGAGAUCGGAUUGCGCAUUUCACCUGGCCAUGGUUCUCCUGCACUAUGUCCACUGGCGCUGUGGCGGUCGUGCUUGCUAAUACCCCCAAUACUUUCACCGGCUUGAAGACCAUCGGAAAGAUCUUCUACAUCGCGAACCUGGUCCUCUUCCUCUGCUUCACUGCUCUUAUCGUAACCCGAUUUAUUCUUGUGCCACCCAAAUUCGUCGCUUCUCUACUCCAUCCCGUCGAAGGUCUAUUCUUCGGCGCCUACUGGGUAUCUGUCUCGUUGAUUCUGAACGGAGCACAAUCGUAUGGCGUACCUUCUAGCGGACCAUGGCUGAUAAAGGCUCUGGAAAUCUGCUACUGGAUGUACUGCGCUAUAGUGUUCGUCGUAGGCGUUGGACAGUACUACAUCUUUUUCCAAAGCGUCAAGCUCAACGUCCAGGAUGCGGUGCCGGCGUGGAUCUUCCCCAUCUAUCCUCUCCUUGUGGUAGGGACCAUGGCCGGAACCAUGAUUCCAAGCCAGCCGCCAGAUCGUGGUUGGAACAUGUGGGUCGGGGCGGUGGCCUUGCAAGGACUUUCCUGGGUCGUUGCACUCAUGAUGUACUCGCUCUACACACAACGGCUCAUGACCAGCGAACUUCCCACUCCAUCUACACGCCCGGGUAUGUACGUGUCGGUCGGUCCCGCCGGCUACACGGCCGCAGGCCUCAUUUCGCUCGCGACCCAAGCACCGAACGUCGUGCCGGUAUCGCAGUUCAACCAAGGUUCCUAUCCUGAUGGGAACCUCAUCAAAGCCCUUGGGAUUCUCUGUGGUCUCUUCAUUAUCCUGUUUUCCUUUUGGUUCUUCUGUAUCUCCACUGUCGCCGUCAUCACCGGUAUUCGCCGCAUGUCGUUUACACUGAACUGGUGGGCUUUCAUUUUCCCGAAUGCAGGGUUAACGCUGGCAGCAAUACAAGUAGCAAAGGCAUUAAACAGUGAUGGGAUUCGCGGCAUUUGUAGUGCGCUGACGGUUUUGUUGGUGGUGAUGUGGCUUCUGGUGGCAGUUGCGUGCGUCAAGGCGGUGUGGACUGGAGAGUUGCUCUGGCCUGGUAAAGACGAGGAUAAGACGAUGGAGGGUAUAGGAUGGGGGAGAUAUGGUGCGUUUCCUGGGGAUCCUUCAGGGAGAAAUGGGAAACAGCAAUGA